UGGAGCUCCAGUCUGCAGUUAGACUACUUUGGGUCGUCUGGAAAUCUGCGUGCGUGUGAAAGUUGUUCUGCGUGACGUGGACUAGUCCAUGGCGUCUGUGUUGGAAGAUCCAGCUUUGCAACGUCACUUUAAAGGACACAAAGAUGCCGUUACCUGUGUUGACUUCAGUCCAGACAACAAACAACUUGCUUCAUCUUCAGUAGAUACAUUCCUCAUGAUAUGGAACUUCAAACCUAAUUCACGAGCAUUCAAAUUUUUUGGGCACAAAGAAGCUGUGACUAGUGUGCAGUUUUCUCCUAAUGGGCAAAUGGUUGCAUCAUCUUCAAUAGACCGAACUAUUAGGCUCUGGACUCCUAAUAUCAAAGGUGAAUCUACUCUGUUUAAGGCCCACACAGCACCAGUGCGCAGUGUUAAUUUCUCAAGUGAUGGGCAGACCAUUAUUACAGCAUCUGAUGACAAGUCAAUUAAGGCAUGGAAUGUGCAUCGUCAGAAGUUCCUAUUUUCCCUAGCCCAGCACACAAACUGGGUGCGUUGUGCUAGAUUUUCCCCAGAUGGAAGACUAAUCUCUUCAUGCAGCGAUGAUAAGACUAUUAAAAUCUGGGACACAAGCAAUCGAAUCUGCAUUAACACCUUUGUGGAUUAUAAAAAGCAUUUCAACUAUGUUGAUUUUAAUUCCUCUGGAACAUGUGUAGCAUCUGCUGGUGCUGACAGCACAGUAAAAGUCUGGGACAUUCGAAUGAACAAAUUAUUGCAACAUUAUCAAGUUCAUAGUGCAGCAGUCAAUCGUUUGUCAUUCCACCACUCUGGUAAUUAUCUCUUAACUGGAUCCAGUGACGGAACUAUGAAGAUAUUAGACCUUCUUGAAGGAAGACUCCUCUAUACUAUUCACGGCCACCAGGUAUCUGCUGUUAAACAUAUGAACAUGGAAGGCCCAACACAGCCACAAUUUUAUUCCCUCAUGUCAGCCACAGCAAGAAUCCAUACAGAAACUGAAUGUGCAAAGAUCUUUUCUGAUGAUCAAGGGACUUUAUCGUUACCUACAUUGUUUGAAUCUCUGGAGAAUCUCCUAUUUAAAGAAAUCAAAGCCCAAUGGGACAUUUGGACAUUCCAAUCCUAUAUAAAAGCUAAGAUGAUUCCAAGGGGUCUGCGAAUUCUUAAGUUUCCCACUUUUGAAGUAGAUACUAAUGAUAAAGACUUUGUAAAUGCAUGGAAUAAUGUAUUAUCUGAAUGCUCAUUUCAACUUAUGCAAUUAUUAAUCCAAAUUAGAACUCAACAUUUACAAGACAUUAAAACUGAGAUUGAUACAUUACAAUUAGAACUCAACAAACGAAGCACAGAUCCUGAUUUUUCUAAAUUUGACACAAUUCUACAGACAUCUCUAGCUAAGGGCAAACAAGUAAUAAUGGAGAAUAAACAUGUCAAAUUUAUUAGAGAUAAAACAGAUUAUUUGAAGGAUUCAGUCUACUUAUGGAGCAAAAAACAAAGAAGAGAAUACAGACGCAAUACACCUAAACCAAACAAACAGAAAGGCAAACGCAGAAAUUGCAAUAGACACAACAAAUCUGUAACUUUUUCAGACAGCGAUACAGACAGAUCUGAUAAAUCUUCAGAUGAAAAUCUCUCUACUAGUGAGGAAGAGGUGGGCACACUCACACGAAUAAAUACAAUGACCAACCAACAGUCAGGCAUUCUAAAAACGGCUCCACAAACUGUAUCCACUGUCAAUAAUACACCAUUAGGCUCAAACUCCACAGAUAAAAGACAAACAGGGUAUACUCAAAACUUGCCGAAAAGAUUGAGGCAAGCUAUGACCUCUUUACAAAAUGACACCAGUAUUGUCAUACGUCCGGCCGAUAAAGGUGGUAGCAUUGUUGUCCUUGAUAAAUCAGAUUAUAUAGCGGAAGCACACCGUCAAUUGCACAAUCCACAGGAAUACAUUCCUUUGACCACUAAUCCCACAGCUAGAUUUAAAAGGGAACUCCAUGAAAUUUUGGAUGAUGGUGUGGAACAUGGGUUUCUGAACGAACAGACUGCUUCAUUUCUGGAAUCUCAGGAAAGCCACUAUGACAUCCCUGGGUGGAAGAUCAGCUCUGGGCUUAGGCUUGAGAGCUCUGUGGGCCCUUUCUAUUUCGAUUUCUGUGGACGUGUCUACUCCAGUAAUCGCACAAAACAGUUGGUGGAGACUUUAGUAUGGAAGACAAAUUUUGACAAAUUUAAUGGUAAAGACAUUUUGAAGAUGCAGCUGAAGAGAACAUGGCCUGAUGCACCGCCUCAUGUAAAUGAUAUAUACCCCAGAUCUCCUCACUUUCACACAAGCAUUGGACAUUCACUUGAGAUUAAUCCUAUGUUUGAAGUGGCAGAUACACAAACAUUUCAACCUGCUGUAAUAGACGUCGGAGUCAAUCUUCCAUCUGCUACAAACACACUCCACAGCUAUAAUAAAGAUACAAGAAAUUACAAAUAUCCUUUCUGCCCUUCACCACCUUUACCAAGAAGCUCAAAGAGGAGCGGUCCAAGAGAAAAGCCUACUCCAGGUGAACAAGUUCUUCUCAACUCUUCAAUAAACAAAACCUUGGAACAAAUUGUGGAUCAGCUAAGUCUGUUGACACAAACGGUUUCAAUUUUGGAGCAUCGCCUGACAUUAACUGAAGAUAAGUUAAAAGAAUGUCUUGAAAAUAAACAAAACCUAUCGCAGCAGAUGUCCGAUGAAGAAGAAACACAUGUGCCCAGAGUCCUAUAAAGCUUUAAAGUGUCCUUCAUUUUUUAUUUAUAUCUAUGUUUAAAUCAUGCUUUGUGCAAUGUAUUGCAUGUAAAAUAUAUUUCUCUUUUUAUUAAAAAAAUAUUGUUUUAA